CGCCAGAGGAGACUUGUCAAAAUAGUAAGAACGGGGAAGCAACAAUCUUUUCUUUCUUUAUUUUUUCCUGUAGGAAGGAACGCGUCAAGAGAUGCGAGGUACCAAAAUUUGGCAGGGCAACCCAGACCAUCGAGAGCGGCCUUUUUGCUUCCCACACAGACUCCUGCUCGCCGUCCAUAUUCGCCCUCCACUCCAUUCCAUUUCUCCGGUUCAGAGCCAACAUCAACCAUGGCGACUCUCGAAGAAAAGACCUCAAACUCAAAGCCUCCUCAACCUGACCUAUCAAAUUCUGAUCCUAGGCACUGCCCCGUUCUUUCUCCCCGUCCCCACGCAGAUGCCUCGUUGCAGGAGGGAGGCCUGCCAUCUGACCAUGCGCAACAGAAAAUGCAGCCUGUCAAGAUCUCAGAUGACAGAGAUCCACGAGGACUGAUUAAAGAGCGUUACCGUUCAAUACUCCUCAGCAAGCGACUCCUUCGGACUGGCUCAGUGUUGGCGUCAACGCAAGUCGAUGAUCUUGCUGAUGAAUACAUCCCUGGUGGUCGUAGAUCCGGGUUAAAGAGCGCCCCACCGAAAGCGAGGCCAGACUGUCUCUCCUGGCCCCAUUCCUAUGACCCGGCUGAGAGGGUUUGUCCCACCGGAAUGCUCAAUCACGUCCCUCAUGGCAAGUUCGAUGGUCCUCCUGAGGUGGAAGAAAUGUAUCUCCCGCUGGCAAGACCACUCAGGUUCUACUUGCUCCGUGGGAAUAAUACUAGUGAAGGAACAAGCAAAAUGCACAAUCCCGUCUCUCGCAGUGCAUCUACAAGCGGCAAGUCUGAUAGUAUUGCUCAUGAACAUGCCGGAUACAUGCUGUGGCAAUGGGGGAGGUGUUCCUCAGCUGGAACCGCCAAGUCGCCUGAAAGCGCUUUUGAGUGCGAUGUAUCAACUAUGAGGAAUGUUCCUGGCGAAGGCACAAGCACAAUGCCCAAUCUCGUCUCUAGCAGCACAUCUCCAAGCAGUGUGUUCGAUGGUCCUCCUGAUGAAUACACUGCUAUCGAUAUUCCUGAGAAGGGAGAAAUGUGCCUCCUGCCGGCAAUACCACUCAGGUUCCACGGGCUCUCUGGGAAUAAUUCUGGGAAUAAUUCUGGGCCGAGAUGGACGAUCCUGGGAGAUUCUGGGAAUAAUUCUGAAGGCACAAGCACAAUGCCCAAUCUCGUCUCUAGCAGCACAUCUCCAAGCAGUGUGUUCGAUGGUCCUCCUGAUGAAUACACUGCUAUCGAUAUUCCUGAGAAGGGAGAAAUGUGCCUCCUGCCGGCAAUACCACUCAGGUUCCACGGGCUCUCUGGGAAUAAUUCUGGGAAUAAUUCUGGGCCGGGAUGGACGAUCCUGCGAGAUUCGUCGAAGGACAUGCUCGUUCAAGGAGCUUUUGCUCUUAUCGGUCUCAAGACGAGCGACGCUUCUUCUCCUGCUCAGGAUGUGCUGCUUCCCGUCGUCGCGAUUGUUUACACGGUUGGGCUUUUAUCUACUAUUGCAGGCAAACAGCGUGGCAGCUCGAUAAUGGAAGGUAUCGGGUCGGCGGCCGCCGUGCUUGGGUUUCUCCUCACAAUGAUUUUACUCCUCCUCUAGGUGCAUGUCUGGCUGCAUCAUCUCACCUUGGAGAUAUUUUUUCUCUCUAACCGUCUCGCUUUGCCUCUCACAUUAAUGGGCCUCCCUUCUACUGUUUAUAGUACUUCACCUUCAAAUAAGCCUUGUAUUGCUGUUACUCUUGCUGUUGAGUUUCAAACAAAGUUGCCAACAAUGGCCCCGAGAUCGCAAUUUCCA